AUGCCCCCCAAACGCAAGGCGGCCGACACUGGUCGAUCUAACAGCGCCUCGAAGCGAGCCACACCUGUCCCCGACGUCACCGAGAUCUCAAGCAGCGAUGAAUAUUCAGACCAGGAGGAGUUGCCGGAGGAGUCGAACUUGAAAGAGGUCGUCAACAAGUUUUCCCUCGAGUCCUUUUCCAAGAAGAACCAAGCAGACAAGACGGACCCCAGAUUUGGAUACAAGGAUCUUUCCUCGCUCCCGCUGAAGCGCGAUCAUUACAACAGACCGUUAUGGAUCGAACCUUUGAAGGGAACAAUCACACUUGAGAGUUUUUCUCCGCUGGCACCCCAAGCCCAGGACUUCUUGACCACCAUCGCAGAACCGCUUUCGCGCCCGACCCACCUCCAUGAAUAUCGGUUGACCGGACACAGUCUAUACGCCGCGGUGUCGGUUGGCCUCAAACCGCAGGACAUCGUGGAGUUCCUGGACCGGUUAUCGAAGACCCCACUGCCCGAAAGUAUUCGGACAUUCAUCAUCGAGUUCACUAAAUCUUACGGCAAGAUCAAGAUGGUGCUGAGACAUAAUCGGUAUUUCGUGGAAACAACAGACCCGGAGAUGCUGCAGCGACUGCUGAAAGAUGAAGUUAUUGGACCACAGAGAAUGGACAACACCGAAGGCAUCAUCGAACGGGCCGCCCCGAAAAUGGGUGGGUUGGUUAUUCCUGGAACAAAGGACGCAGCAGGUGUACGAGAGACUACACAGCAGGAGGCCGCUGCUGCCAGGAACGAGAAGGAUUCCGAAGAAGGUGUCGUCGUGGAUUACGGUAUCGACGAUGUCGGUGAGGAUGAGAAUGAAGAAGCAACCACAUUCAGUUUCGAGAUUCCUGCCGCCGGAGUUGAAGUCGUAAAAGCCCGCUGCCAGUCGAUCGGAUGUCCCGCCUUGGAAGAGUACGAUUUCCAAGGAGAUACUGUCAACCCAAACUUGGACAUGGAUUUGAAGCCCGCGGCACGAAUUCGAUCUUACCAAGAGAAGAGUCUGAGUAAGAUGUUCGGUAACGGACGAGCCAAGAGUGGUAUCAUUGUGCUUCCUUGUGGUGCGGGUAAGACUCUCGUGGGAAUCACAGCCGCGGCCACAGUCAAGAAAGGAACCAUUGUCCUGUGCACUAGUUCAAUGUCUGUGGUGCAAUGGCGAAACGAGUUCUUGCGGUGGACAACCAUCGACCCCGGAGAUAUCGCUAUCUUCACUUCUGACCACAAGGAAAAAUUCAAGCGGUCAACUGGUAUCAUUGUAUCCACAUACUCAAUGGUGUCACAGACGCGGGCCCGGUCUUACGAUGCCCAGAAGAUGAUGGACUGGCUCCAAUCGAGAGAAUGGGGUAUGAUGAUUCUCGACGAGGUGCACGUUGUACCGGCCUCGAUGUUCCGAAAGGUCACUUCUGCUAUCGCCGCGCAGAGCAAGCUUGGUCUGACGGCAACUCUACUUCGUGAAGAUGAUAAGAUCAAAGAUCUUAACUUCUUGAUCGGCCCCAAGCUAUACGAAGCAAACUGGAUGGAACUUGCAGCCCAGGGUCACAUUGCCAAGGUUCAAUGUGCCGAAGUGUGGUGCCCAAUGACGACCGAGUUUUAUUCUGAAUACCUGCGUGAAAGCUCCAGGAAACAGGCUCUGCUCUACAUCAUGAACCCCCGCAAGUUCCAAGCCUGUCAGUUCCUAAUCGACUUCCACGAGAAGCGAGGCGAUAAGAUCAUUGUGUUCUCAGAUAACGUCUACGCUCUCGAAAAGUACGCGCUGAAGCUGAACAAGGCGUACAUUUACGGCGGCACUCCGCAGAACGAGCGUAUGCGCAUUCUGGAGAACUUCCAACACAACGAACAGGUCAACACAGUUUUCUUGUCCAAAAUCGGCGACACAUCGCUUGAUCUUCCCGAGGCCACUUGUCUGAUCCAAAUUUCAUCACACUACGGCUCACGUCGUCAAGAAGCCCAGCGACUGGGACGAAUCUUGCGAGCCAAGCGCAGAAAUGACGAGGGCUUCAAUGCUUUCUUCUACUCGCUUGUGUCGAAGGACACCAACGAGAUGGUCUACUCGGCCAAACGACAGGCCUUCCUCAUUGACCAAGGCUACGCCUUCAAGGUCAUUACCCACCUUCAGGGUAUUGACAACUACGAGGGACUUUCGUAUGCGACGCCAGCCGAGCGCCGUGAGCUUCUCCAAGAAGUGAUGUUGCAGAAUGAGUCGUCUGCAGACGUCGAACAGGUGAAUGACGACCUGUUCUCCAUGCGCUCUGGCAAGAAGGCCGCAGGGAAGAAACCGAAUGCCAAGCGCAGUGCUGCUACACUGAGUGGCCUGGCCGGUGGUGAUGAUAUGGCGUACAUCGAGUACAACAAGAGCAAAAACAAGCAGCUCAAGGACAAGGGACACCAUCCUCUGUUUAAGAAAAUGGAGCGCGAGCGUCUACGUCGCAAGAAGGAGAAGGAGAAGCAGGACGCAGAGUAA